AUGUACCUGAUCACCGUGCUGGGGAACCUGCUCCUCAUCCUGGCCGUCAGCUCAGACGCCCACCUCCACACGCCCAUGUACUUUUUCCUGGCCAACUUGUCCUUCGUGGACAUCUGUGUGACAUCCACUACUGUCCCCAAGAUGCUGCAGAACAUCCAGACCCAGAGCAAAGCCAUCACCUAUGAAGGAUGCAUCACCCAGAUGUAUUUUUUCCUACUCUUUGUAGCAUUGGAUGACUUUAUCCUGACUGUGAUGGCCUAUGACCGCUAUGUGGCCAUUUGUCACCCCCUGCACUACACGGUCCUCAUGAACCCUCGCUUGUGUGUGCUGCUGGUUCUCGUGCCUUGGGUCAUUAUUGUGGCCUUAUUUUAUUGUACUUGCAUAGGUGUGUACAUGAGCACUGCCGGCACCCAGAACUCACACUCCACUGCAAUAGCUUCAGUGAUCUACACCGUGGUCACCCCCAUGCUGAACCCCUUCAUCUAUAGCCUGAGGAACAAAGACAUUAAGAUGGCCCUAAAAAUUCUCUUCGAAAGAGAAACCACCAAAGUUUAG